UUAUCUUGGGUUAAUCAUUAAGCUUUAGUCUCAUCAGCUGCCGGAGCUCAGAGGGAGGAGCAAGGACAUAAUGAAAGUGAAACCUGUUCAGAAGUGAAAGUAACUACUAGUCAUGGAGAAUCUGACGGAGAGAAACACAGUGUGAACUAGAUGACAGCCCCCCAGGAUUCACAGAGGCCAGAGCUGGCACCAUUUACAUACACCUGGACUGGAACCACCGACACACAACACCACCGGGAAGACAUAAAAGACAACAGAACCGGAACCGCCAACAGACAACAGGGCACGAAGAACCAUCCACCGACAAUAGAACCAGAACCACCAACAGACAACAGGGCCAGAACCACCAACAGGAACAGGGCCAGAAGAACCACCCACAGACAAAAGAACCAGAACCACCCACAGACAACAGGUCCAGAGCCACUCACAGGACUAGGACCAUCUACAGACAAUAAGGCCAGAGGAAACUCUUAAAGACAACAGAACCGGAACCACCCACAGACAAUAGGGCCAGGACCAUCUGCAGACAAUAGUGCCAAAGGAACCACUUACAUACAACAGAACAGAAACUACCCACAGACAACAGGGCCAGAAGAACCAUCCGGAGACAAAAAGCUUUGUUUCUACAAUUCAAAGAUGAGAAAAUUCAGCCUGUGCCUCCUCAUUGUCCUGUGUAUUGUGCCCAACGUCUCCACUCAAGGACCUACACACAGUAAUGAUCGGAUCCGGUGGUUCCUUCUGCUCAGUCCAUUGCUGGUCCUUCUGCUCACUGUGAUCUUCUGGGCACUAGGUAAAAAUGUUCUACGGAAACCAAGGCAAGAUGUCCAAAAAAUUGUCCUCCCUGCCCCUAAUGCAGAGUAUGUAUCCAUUCACAUGCAACUAGGACAUGGCGGUUCCUGUGGAGUCCCCCAAAAAGAAGAAACAAAUCUAGAAUUACGAGAUGAGAGAAUUUGUCCAAGAGGAGAAAAUACAAGAAGUCCUGAUGAUCAUCAGUACCCAUCUCCAGAGAGCGGAAGAACAAUAGACUUAGAAGAUGUCACAGUCAGGGGAGAACAUACAGAAACAAAUAAAGAAGAAUUACGAGAUAUGAGAUUGUGUCCAGAAGAAAAAGAUACAAUGAUUCCUGAUGAUCAUGGAUACACAUCUCCAGAAAGAACAAAAUCCUCAGAAGAUGUCACAGUCAAUGGAGAACAUACAGGUACAAAUGUUCUGUGUAAACCAACACAAGAUGCCCAAAAAAUUGUUCCCCCUGCCCCUAAUACGCAUUUUGUAUCUAUUGAUGUUCAACCAGGACAUGAUGAUUCUUGUGGAAUCUCUCAAGAAAAAGAAUCAUCACAAAGAACUCUUCUUCAGAAGUUAAUGGCUCUGGAUGUCUCGGCCAGAAAUACUCUUCAAGAAAAUGGGGAGAUUGAAGAUGCAUUUUGGGAUUCAGAUGAAGAAGAAUGCAAAAAGAGUGACAUGCGGUCAUCGGCGCCCUUUAACCCUCUAGAUGUUCUGUGUGGCCUCCUGCAUCGUUCAGAUAUGAUUUUACGACAGCAGAUUGUUUAUAAAAUGUCCAUGUGCCAAUUUGCUGUCCCUCUGCUUCUCUCUUCACCUGUCGAACAAGACUUCACCUUCAUGUUGUGGUCAAUGAGAGAUAUUGUGAAGAGAUGGAGACCUCACUGUUUGAUCAAGAGUAGAGAUUAUAAGGAAGACAAUAUAGUCAAUGUCCCCAUGCCCAUAUUCUCUUUUGUUAGACUUGGUUCUUGCAACAUUUCUAAAUCUCGAUAUCUGAACCAAGUCUUAAGUCCAUCUCAACAGAACCAUAACUUCUUUGUGCAUGGAGACCUGCCUGGUGGGAAUAUUCCUAGGAAACACUCUGAGGGACUUGUGGAAAUAUUUUGGUAUCUUCCAACUGGAAAUGAACACUUAGAUGUUUUUCCCGAUCCCAUUGCUGUUAUGAAUCUACGAGGAGACCUUGAGUCCAAUCAGGAACAGUUCAGGUUCCUAAGAAGCGUAUCAUCCGGUAUGUUUAUAUUUAUUGAGGACAUUAACAAGAACCAGCACAACCUGCUAUCAAGUUUACAGAAGGAGGCAAAUGUUUUCUUCAUUCUAAAUAUAAGAGAAGGAGACAUAAAUGCUGACAACAUGAAAUCUCUCAUCGAAGUUCUCCCAAGACAAAAUACUUUAGUUAAGAAUAAACGCCUCAAUGACUCCAACGUGGUAAAGAGAAUACGAUCAGCAAUGAAAGAGAUACUUCCAAAAGUUAAAGAAACAUUUAAUCUAGAGGAAAUUGCAAAGGAAGCCACAAAACGCAAUAUCCAUGUUGAUGAGAAUUCCCCAGAAUGCCAAGAAACUAAAGCAAAAGCCAAAGAAAUUACAGAUGAAAUAAAAGAUAUAAAUCAAUAUAAGGAGGAAACAAUGAAACUACAGGGAAAGUUCUGGAAACAGAUAUCUAAAAUAGAGAAGGAAAUAUGUAGAAUGAGAGAAUUAGGUGACCGGGAUGUGGAAGAAUAUAAAUCUGAGCUCCAGGCAAAACUAGUGAAACUCCAAGAGCUGCAGGGGAGGCACAGUCUGACACGGGGCAUGGGGAAAUUCCGAGAAGCAUUGAUGAUGUCUUCUUUAUUGAAAAGGAAAUUAUUUCUGAAAUGGCUGAAAAUACUUCUGGACACAGAAGGAAGACAUCAUCUCAGAGAAUUACAGAACAAAUACAAACUUAAAUGCAGAAGUUCAUCAACAACUGAACAUGAUCUCCAAAAAAUCGACCAGAAAAUAGCAGAUAGUUCAUUGGGUGUAGAACAUUUUAUACGUGAGUUGGGACAGUUUUAUGAAAUACACUUGAAAAAAGAAGGAAAGCUCAUUGAUUUGCCAGGAAUAGCUGCUGACGUCUUGUUGGAUGGGUUCCCAUUGGAGCUGAUUGAUGGAGAUGCCUCCAAUAUUCCCUUACAGUGGAUAACUGAUGUCCUGACUGAGCUGGAUAAGAAGACCGGAGGACAAUGUAGGGUGAGAGUGAUAACUGUGCUGGGAGUGCAGAGUACCGGGAAGUCCACCCUUCUGAACACCAUGUUUGGUCUACAGUUCCCUGUGGCCAGUGGACGAUGCACACGAGGAGCCUUCAUGACUCUUAUUAAUGCAAAUACCUUUGAAGAAGAACUUAGUUGUGACUUCAUUCUAGUCAUUGACACUGAAGGACUGAAGUCCUUGGAUCUGGCUUCUCUGGAGAACAGUUAUGAACACGACAAUGAAUUGGCCACAGUUGUAGUUGGAUUAAGUGACAUCACCAUAGUCAACAUGGCCAUGGAAAAUGUAGAAGAAAUGAAAGAUAUUUUACAGAUUGUGGUCCAUGCGUUUCUUAGAAUGAAAGGAAUAGGCAAGAAAUCCAGCUGCCAGUUUGUUCACCAAAAUGUGAGUGAUGUGUCCGCUCAUGUGAAGAACAGGAACGCCAGACAGAAAUUUCUGGAACAGUUGAGUGAAAUGGCAAAAGUAGCAGCUAGAAUGGAGAAAAGAAGUGAUGUGAAUCAUUUUUCAGACAUUAUCUCUUGUGAUAUUGAAAGAGAUUCUUGGUACAUUCCUGGGUUAUGGUAUGGGAUACCACCUAUGGCCUCUGUAAACACUGGGUACAGUGAAACGGUUAGUGAGCUGAAACAAUCGACACUCAGAUCCUUACAGUCAAUGGCCAGAAAACCUCCAAAUAUUAGAGAAUUUACAGAAUGGAUAAAAAGUCUGUGGGAUGCGGUAAAACAUGAGAAAUUUGUCUUCAGCUUUAGAAACCAUUUGGUCAGUGAGGCCUAUAACCAGCUCUGUCUUCACUAUGCAGAUUGGGAAUGGACAUUUCAGAAAAACAUUCACAGAUGGAUGAUGGAGACAGAAACUUUCAUCUAUAAUUUACCCUAUGAGAAAAUAAGUGCAGAUUUAUGGAACAAACUCCAAAAUGAUAUGUAUCAGCUAUUAGACAAGGAGGAGACAGCCAUGGAACGAUGUCUGGAGGAAUAUUUUGAGAAUGAUUUUGAGAAUGCUCAUCUUCUGGAGAUGUUUCGAGAAGACUUUAUCAGAAGUGUGAAGUAUCUCAGGAAACAACUUGAAAAUGUUCUUCAUGAUAAGUGUGAGAAGACUAUUCGUAUCCAGAAAGAUAAAUCCCAGAUUCAAGCCAUGCAGGCCCAAUAUAUUGACAUAAUGGAAGAAAGAAUAGCAGAAAUGAUGAUGGAAAGAAGGAAAAAUGCUGAAUAUGUGGGGAACAGUGAUACUCUGAAUGAAGAAUUUGAGGCGAUGUGGGAUAAAACUCUUUCCACUUUACGACUAAGUAAACUAGAAACACGCCAUGUUGGCCGUGAAAUAAUUCCACACUUAAAAAGGAACAUGGAUUGUGAUGAUGGUGUGAUCAUGGAGUGGCUCCAUAACCUCAACAAAUAUAAGGAUAGCAACUUUGAUCUGAAAAACAAGGAUCAUUCUAGCUAUUCUCCUGAAGACAUCAAGCAUUUGAAUGAACUUACCACCUCCUUAAUUCACGAAUGUAACAAACAUGUUGAAGAAGUUACUGGCACCAAAGAAGACUUUAAUGCCUUGUAUGCUGAGGAGUUGCUGUCAUUGAUCGAUAAAAGACUGAGGAGACGAAACUUCCAAUAUCCUAACAUUACGAAACUCUUUGAGUUAGAUCUUAAACUUCACAUCUUUGGAAGUGCAGCCUUUAAAUUCCAGAAGAUGCAUGAGGACUUUGUACAAAAAAAUGAUCCAAGGACCUGCCUGGAGACGCUGAAGCCUCACUACUACUCUGUCUUCAAAAACAUGUAUGAAAAAAGGGACGACUGUCGAAGGAAAGCCAAACAAUUCUGUGAACUAUGUGUGAAGCCGGCCAUCACUGAUCACAUCAACAAGUGUCUCGGUAAGGAGAUAAUAGAUGACGUCCUACAGACCGGUGGCCCAGAAGAAUUCAAGAGUCGGAAACAUUUACAGCUAGUGAUUCUCGAAAAGUUGCUGAAGGAAAACUCUUGGGAUCAGUAUAUAGAUUAUAUCAAUGAUUAUGAGAGUUUUCUCAAAAGUUGGAUCUCAACCUACAUUGCCGAACAUUACAAAAGACGUAUCCAAGUUCUACAAGUAAGAACCCUCCAUUCUGUAAUGGCCAAAGUGCAACAAACCCUCACUCAUCCAACACUUAUCUCUUCCAGAAACCUUAACGAGUUUUUAGUGAAGUUUUGUCAUAUUUUAGACAAAGAUCUUGUCAUUUCCAAGUCCGACAUGAAAGUUGUCUUGUUCCAGAGUAAUCUGAAUGUCAAAUCGUUUGCCGAGGAUGUUGAGUUGUAUCUUGGUUAUGUACAAGAUGAAAUCCAGCUGCAGAUGAACUCAAUGAGUAUAAAGUCAAUACUUUCACAGCUGACAUUGAAGCCUCAGGAGGAGCUCUUCAAGAAGCUCAUUGGAUGUGGGCAGCAGUGUCCAUUCUGUAAAGCCCCCUGUGAAGCUGGAGGAGCUGACCACAAGGAGCACUUUACUUCUCUUCACCGACCUCAGGGACUUGGGCAACAUACAGAUGAGCCGACCAAUGUUCUGGACCAUUCUAUAUGUUCUACAAAUGUCAUCUCAAAUAAGAGUUUUAGCAAUAAGGACACAACUUGGAAGCCUCAUCCUUACAAGGAUUACAGGUCCCAUUACCCAGACUGGGCCAUCUAUCCCGACAUGGCUGCCAAUGCCUCAAACUACUGGAAGUUUGUCUUAAUAGAGUUUAAUGAGUCAUUUGCCAAACAUUAUGGAACAAACCCAGCAAAAAUCCCAGAAGACUGGUACAAAAUAACUCGCCAUGAAGCUAUAACCAGCCUGAAGGUAACUUUGCAAUGAUCUGAGUCACCUUCAGCGGUAAUCGCUACUCUGCAAUUAUAUAUCUGUCCUGUAAUCAUCCUGCCGGCACUAUAUAUAAAGCCACCGCUCUAAUAGAUACAUAUGUUCUCACCAGGAUGAAAUAUGGCAGCCAAGUCAGGUCUUUUCUUUUUUCGAACAAAGUGAAGGACGAUAAAGUAGGAGAGCAAAAAAUACCCCCCAAAACACUUUAUUAUAAAAUGUCUCUACUUCUUUUUCCUGAUUAUCUUAUAAUUUGUCCUACUUGGGUUAUAUGUCAAAAAUUAUUUACAUGACAAAGUGCUCGGGGUGACAGUAAAAAAAAAAAAAUGCUCAUCUGUCGCUGAUACCCUGCCGUGCUAGUAUUGCUGCUCAGAGCUUUCUGUUCCCCAUGCCGACUCAGUACCGCUGAGUCAAAAAAUGGCCACUGAGGGCACAUCUUGUGUGCCGAGAUGUAGAACAAAAAAAGCUCAGAACAUUUGGACCAGCACCAUCUGAAAGGCACCAACGGUGCCUUUCCGAUGGUGCUGGUCCCAAUGUUCUGAGAUCCCACCCUGUUUCCUUCCACCCUAAGCACUGGGUAACCCUAAAAUUAUGAUAAAUAGUAAUGACCAGUAAUACCUUUUACCUAUACAACCAGAUUUGCCAUGAUUAUAUGUGUACAUUAUGAUUAAACUGAGUUUUAUCUGGGUGAACGUGUGGAAUCUUCUCCUUCUUGUUCUCCUGGAAGUUAACGUGUGGUGUCCACUUGGGAUUUACCCCCAUUUUUACUCCUAGAAUUUAUUAGGCCCCUUUCACACUACAGUUAGUACA